AUGCGAAUGGAGAGCAUACGACCGUACGGCAAAGGCGCGACAGUUUCAAGCGAAAACGGCUUCAAUGGUACGAAACGAAACUCCGCGGAUUCGACCGACUCCGGCUGCGAGGAGCACUACACACCCAGUGGACUGGGAUGGUUCAUCACGGCGCUGUUUAUAUUGGGCGAUAUGGUUGGAGGUGGGCUCGUAACACUGCCAGUUGCUACCGUUCAAACGAGUAAGCGGAUAAAUUUUACUAACAGAGGAAGUACCUCAAGUCCGACGCUCAGAUUUUGAUGAAACUUGGCACAAAUUUAGAAUAAUUUUUUCUAAGAUAUAUGUGAGAAUCCUAGCUCGCGCUUUGCAGAAACAACUAAGAUUUUUAGAUCGAAAGCCGGCCAAAAUUUAGGACUUUUUGCCGAAUUUUGGCACGAAAGGUUUCAUGCCUAUUUCUACCGUAAAGAUAAUGUUUCUACAAAAAAUCAACUUUUUCCGCACGAAACUGCCAAAGUUAUGGCCAAAAAGUGUUUUUCUCUCUGACCGCUCUCCACGUUUAGCGUACUCUCGGCGGCAAAAAUCAUUCGAUAUCUCGGCGGCGCCCGCAAAGCGCGAGCUAAAACUUUCAGGAAUUUAUAUUUAGUCCACACCCGACGGAUGUGCAAAAUCUAAAGGAAAUCUGAGCGCCGCAUUUGGAAUACUUCCCCUGUAAAUCACGAAAGGGUUGAUUUUUUGAUUUUUUAAAUGUAACAACCAAAUAACGGCCUUGAAUUGUAUGUAAUUAUAUAUAACAGACUCUGAGUACUUCCACCUUCAGCUGUAUGCAAGAUAUUCAUUAGAAUCGUGUUCAAUUUUCAGAUCUAUAUGUUAGCAUUGGAUUGAUUCUAUUCAUGUGUGCUGUCACAAUGUACACUGCCCAUAUUUUGGGGAAAUGCUGGAACAUGCUGUUGGAUCGAUAUCCAAAAUAUCGAAAACAUUGCCGAAAGCCGUAUCCGGAAAUCGCGAGGAGGGCGUUGGGCAAAAAAUGGAAGUACGUUGAGUUGUAGCUUAUACCAUUUCACUCACCGCAGAAAAAGGGAUGACACUUUUGUACGGCUUAUUUUAGAUCUGCCGUUUCCUUCUGUAUCGACACGACACAGUUCGGUAUCGCUGUGGUGUACCUUCUACUCUCCGCCAAGAACAUUCGUGAUCUGAUCCUCAUCCACGUCAAGUCCGAGAUUAGUUAUUGUUACGUUGUUUUAAUUGUUGCCGCCUGUUUCCUGCCGUGCACUUUUCUGAAGUCUCCGCAAGACUUCUGGGCGGCCGUUGUGGUUGGAAUGUUCACGUCGGCCGUGUCGGCCGUUCUAAUCACUCUUGGCGGGAUUCUGGACUUUGGAACCUGCAGCCCGCACAGAGAGCUGCCGCCGAUGGUUCCAACCAACUAUUUUUUGGCCAUAGGUACUUAUAUGUUCAGUUAUUGUGGCCAUGCCGCCUUCCCAACCAUCCAGCAUGACAUGAAGAGACCAAGCGACUUCCCCAAGAGUGUUGUGACGGCAUUUCUACGUGAGUUGUCGUUGAGCUCAUUGCCAUACGGGAUUCAAAUCCUUUUGGGAAAAAGUUCCUUAUUCUGGCCACAGCAAAGGUACUCUGCGAACUGCGCCCAAGCUUAGGAACUAAAGUUAGGAAAAAAGGUUUCGACCUAGUUGGUACUAAAUUACUAUAGUAGCUCUAUAGUUUUAGGGGUACCUACUAAUGCUAUGACGGCUCAUUUAGUUCUAGACGGAGGCAAUAAGUUUAGUUCCGGACAUGUUUCAUCGUAUAAAGUGUAAAAUCGCAGGCUGCAGCCGUUUUUGAAAGGUAAGAUGGUACGUAAAAAAGAAGGUCCCUCAUUAACUAAAUCCGCUGUCCGGGCAUUGACAACGAUGAAUUGAGCCUGCACGCCAAAUUGGGACUAAUUCUGACCAGUUUCCGCAAAGUUAUAAGUCGUGGCCAGAAUAAGGUUUUACCUCCUUUUGUUAUAAAGUUAAGAAAUUGACGAAAAAUUUUGCCUUUUUUAGUGACUUCAUUCAUGUACGCGCCGGUCUCGUUUGUCGGCUACCUCACAUACGGCGACUCCAUGAAGCAUUCCGUGAUCAACAGUCUGCAGAUCGACUGGAUCCAGCAAACUGUCAACAUUCUCAUCACGAUUCAUUGCAUACUCACCCUGACCAUUGUGCUGAACCCGCUGAAUCAGGAGAUUGAGGACAUUUUCAAGGUGCCUCAUGGUAUGUUAUUUUUUAUUUUUUACAAUAAUAAUCAAAGUUCUCCCAAUGUUUUGCACUUUGCAGAGUUCGGGCUUAAGCGGAUUUCGGUUCGCACUUUAACAAUGCUGGCGGUGGUGUUUGUCGCCGAAUCUGUUCCAAACUUUGGACCACUGCUCGACCUUGUUGGUGGAAGCACAAUGACAAUGACGGGACUAAUAUUCCCAUGUCUGUUUUUCCUCCGACUAAAUGCCGCAGGAAAUUCGUCCGAAAAGGGAGUUUCUCAGCCCGAAGAUCUCAGUUUUAAGGAGUAAGUUCGGCACUGGUAGGGUCUAUUCUACUGGCAAGGGAAGACUUCUAAAUUAAACGCUCAAGUUUUUUACGUGGAAAUUCGUAAAAAAUUGUCACAUGUAGCAAACACCAGUGGCAAAACACGUACCAUUUUGCACCCGGGGAGGAUCAAAAAUGCGGCAAAAUGCUUCCCUCUCCAAAUGCAAAUACUUUGUUUUGAAGGGCGCGCUUUUGAAAUCGGGGUUUUUUUCACUUGGAGAGGGAGGAUAUUUUGCCACAUUUUUGAUACUUCCCGGAUGCAAAAUGAUACUUUUUUGCCACUGGAUCAGGUCCCCCACUAUAUUUCCAACGAUCGGCCCAAAAAUUUCGGUCGUUUCUGAAAAAUGCAAGUUGAAAAUAUUGCAUAUUACGUGUAUGUCUUACAAAAAAUUUAUCUCAACUUAUGCCAAGUUGCAUCAAAAUCUGGGCGUCGAACUUGGAGUGCUUCUCCAACGAGAAGAACGAAUGCCAUCUACAUAUCAGCUGUUAAACUAAAAAUAUAAUUCCUUCAGAGUUCUGGCCAACAACGACCCCAAGACCCGCUUCAUUUGUUGCGCUAUUAUUGUUGUUGGCGCCUUCUUUGGGCUCGCCACCACUUGCUCUGCCAUUUAUUCUUUGUCGAGCGCUCAGUUCGUUGUCCCAUGCUAUUUGCAGCCCAUCUUUGGGGCGGACAAAGCCGGAGGUGUCGGCUCGGUGAACUGUUGCGGACAUUGGCAAAACAUUACUCGAAACAGCGACAUUGUUUGCUCGAAGCCCGACUUCUCGGUGUUUGCAACGCAAACGCAUUAA